GGAGCAGUACACAGGGAUUGUCCACGUACCCAGUGUCAACCUUUGAGUCUCAUAAUUAUUCAAAAAAAUGGCAGAUUCAAAUCCUCGCGGAAUCCCCGGUGCGCAAUUUUUUGAGUUUACACAGAUGUCUAUGGAAGAUGCGCAGACUCAUUUGGAGAAAUUUCAGGAGGCGAUUGCAAAGUACAAAUUUAUGGAGACAAGCAUCGUUAGACGAGUCGCUGGUUUGGACGACAAAAUCCCAGACAUCGCCAAAACGCUGCAAACAGUGCAAUUUAUGAAGAAAAAGAAGGGUGAAUCUUUUAAUGUUUUAUAUGAACUUAAUGAUACGUUACAUACCAGAGCAGAAAUUGAAGCUAGUGAAAAGGUAUAUUUAUGGCUAGGAGCCAAUGUCAUGUUGGAAUAUUCAGUGGACGAAGCAGAAACUCUACUUUCUCAGAAAUUGAGCGCUGCCCAAGAAACAAUGAAGGUUUGUAAAGAAGAUUUAGAAUUUUUGCGAGCUCAGAUUACUACGAUGGAGGUUAAUACGGCUCGUGUGUAUAACUAUACCGUUUCUUUAAAAAAGAUAAGCGCUGCCCAAAAGUAAACUAAAGUUUUCUGGUGAUUUUGUUUUCCAUUUUACAUUGGUUUUGAUAAAGUACAUAAAAUAAAUAUUUGUUACAUAGUAGAUAUAAAUCAUACUUUUUUAGUGGUGAAUGAUACAAAACUGUACUGCAAGCAA